AUGCGGGCAUUAAAGGAGCCAGUUUUCGUAUCGUUUUGCCUAUCCUUGUUCUUCAUGCUUACUGCAUAUUGGGUCCCAUUUUUCAUCAUUCCCACCUUUGCACAAUUCAAGUUAGGGACCUCCAGUGAGCUGGCCUUUUAUCUGCUUGUCAUCACGAAUUCAGCAUCGGUGUUUGGGCGCAUUCUGGCUGUGCUGACAAUUCAAAAAUUUGGAGUGCCGGAAAUGCUGCUUGCAUUUACUGUCAUAUCUACCAUCCUACUCUUUGGAUGGUUAGGGAUAACAAGCGUGGCUCCAUUCAUUGUCUGGGUAGUGCUUCUGGGGAUCUUCAUCACCCCGCUGGCAGUUCUCGUGCCCGCUGUUAUCCCCCUGGUAUGCCCGGAUAAAAAUGUCGUGGGGACAUGGAUGGGAAUGGCGUGGGCAGCAGCGGCGUUGGGAGUCCUCGUGGGUAAUCCGGUGGCCGGUGCACUGAAUAAUUUGGCGACAGGAACGUUCUGGAAGACGCAGGUUCUAAUCGCAGUAUCCAUGAUGGUCGCCGCCGUUUUCAUGUUGUAUGUGCAGCAACAAAUCGCGAAACAAAAACUGCGGUGA